GCGAUAAUAGUUUGAAGCCACUAGAAGGUUGUAGAAAUCCAUGGAAGAGUAUGAAUUUUGUGAUAAAUAGAGUCUAUCAGUCGAGAAAGUGAUGCAAUGGCUAUGAAAAAGCCAAAAUGCUAAUCUGCGAAUCUCGCUCUCCUUUCUUCAUCUUCCAAACUAUCAUAGCUCUGAUUCUCUUCAUCUUACUCUUUCGAGUAGCCCUUGUUUUCUUCUUUCUCAUCCUCCUUUUUGCCUUUUGUUCAGACUUUGUUCACCUCCUCUUCGAUCUUCUUUGCCCUGCAUGAAUUAAACCACGAUUAUAACAUAAUCAGCACCCCAAUUCCACCAGCAAAACGACUUCAUUCUCCUCCUUUCCGCUCCAUGACAACUCCACGUUCAGACCCACCUCAAUCUCCACCCGCUAAAACGGUGAGGGUUGUGGUGAAAGGGAGGGUUCAGGGUGUGUUUUAUAGGAACUGGACUAUUGAGAACGCCACACAAUUAGGGUUGAAAGGUUGGGUGAGGAACAGAAGGGAUGGUUCUGUAGAAGCUCUGUUUUCAGGCAAACCUGAUUCUGUUCAGGAGAUGGAGCAAAGGUGCCGCUGUGGCCCACCCGAUGCACUUGUUACAGCGCUUGAGGUGUUUCCAAGCGGUGAUGAUCCUGGCACUGGGUUUGAGCGUAAACCAACUGUUUGAUCAAUCUAUGUGAAGAGAUUAUUACCUAUUUCUAAUUUAGUCAUGUAUCUUUUUUAUAUCUAUAUAAGUUAUCCUUUAAUCACUAUUGAGGAUUGAGUUAUAUCUGAUGUACUUUUGAUCACUAUUCUACUACUGGAUAUUUAGUUACAUAAAUGGUAUAAAACCCAGUUCUUGAA